AUGACUCCGCACUUCGCGUCAGCAGGCUACAAUUGUCCGCAGUACAUGAACCCGGCCGAGUACUUCAUCAGUCUAGUGAAUACAGACUUCGACGACCACGCAGACGUCCCGCAGAUGGUGCAGUCGUACACCCAGAGUGAGAUCCGCAAGGAACUGAUCAACCGCAUCAAGAGCGACCGCAAGACGCCGCAGCAUUAG